AGCGUGCUGCGAGGCUCAUCAUGAAGCGGGCCCUGGCUCUGAUCGGCCUGGCCUUCCUGUCGGUGCUCCGGGCUGGGGGCGCUCAGCAGACGGUGGACGACACCUGCUCCGUGCAGAUUCUCGUCCCCGGCCUCAAAGGGGAUGCUGGAGAGAAGGGGGACAAAGGUGCACCAGGACGGCCUGGAAGAGUCGGCCCUACGGGAGAGAAAGGAGACGUGGGUGACAAAGGACAGAAAGGCGGUGUGGGGCGCCAUGGAAAGAUUGGUCCCAUUGGUUCUAAAGGUGAAAAAGGAGAUUCUGGUGACAUAGGACCCCCUGGCCCUAAUGGAGAACCAGGCAUCCCGUGUGAGUGCGGCCAGCUGAGGAAGGCCGUCGGGGAGACGGACAACCAGGUCGCCCAGAUCACAGCGGAGCUGAAGUUCAUCAAACACGCCGUCGCCGGCGUGCGCGAGACGGAGCAGAAGAUCUACCUGCUGGUGAAGGAGGAGAAGCGGUACGUGGACGCACAGCUGGCCUGCCAGGGCCGGGGCGGCACGCUGGGCAUGCCCAAGGACGAGGCCGCCAACGGGCUGCUGGCCGCCUACGUGGCGCAGGCCGGCCUGGCCCGCGUCUUCAUCGGCAUCAACGACCUGGAGCGGGAGGGCGCCUUCGUCUACGCGGACCGCUCGCCCAUGCAGACCUUCAGCAAGUGGCGCAGCGGAGAGCCCAACAACGCCUACGACGAGGAGGACUGCGUGGAACUGGUGGCCUCCGGGGGCUGGAACGACGUGGCCUGCCACCUCACCAUGCCCUUCCUCUGUGAGUUCGACAAGGAGAACGUGUAG